UGUUAUUUUGCGAUUAGUCUAUGAAUAAGACGACAAUUUUUGGUACAAAAUUAAACACAAUUUAUAUCUCAAUUAAUGUUUGAAUUUAUUAAUAGUUUAGAAAAUUAACUCAAAAUAAUUAUCUGAUAAUUAUAUUGAAGAUUAUAAUCACUCAAUAUAUUCAACCAUUUCUUAACCAUUAGUCAGAAAUAUUGUGAUUUCAAUGAAAUGCUAUGUUUUGAGAGAUAACUGAAUUGAAAGUUUGAUUUAGUUAUUAAUUGUUGGAAAAUAUGUACAGAAUUAAGAACGUAUUGAUGGGUGUCUUGAAUGGCAUAAAGGAUGCAAUGCUCGGACUCUUUGCCGUCACAAGAGUUAUGUCCGAAGAGAGAAACACUAGAAAUGAUAAUAAUAUUGCAAAACGACUCUUUGAAUGCAUUGUCUUAAAUGGAUUUGUCUUUUUGUGCUCAAUAUUGCUAUUCAAUUACGUGAUCCUCAAAGGUCUUCACUCUUUCAUACAAUUUAUAUUCGGAUCACAAGAAGGAGUGGUUUCGAUGACAUGGUUUUGGUUGGAACCGACGCUUUCCUACUUCUUCUCCGUCUUUUGGGUUUUGCCGCUAUUUCUGUUGAGUCGUGUCGUCAAUGCCUUAUGGUUUCAGGACAUCGCGGACCAUGCUUUCAGAGGUCGACGUCAAUCAAUGAGGAAUAUUCCUGUCUUUAUAGCCGACACUCUUUUCAGUUGGGAAUUACACCGAAGACUUCACUUCAUCGAAAACAAUUGGUCGUAUUUCUUAGGGUUUGGAUUACCAUUGGCUACGGCCACGUAUUUGAUCCCUAAUUAUCUGCUCAGUGGAGCCAUAUUUUCUAUAUUUUUCCCACUUUUCAUCAUCAGUGCUAAUGAAGUCCGAUUUAAUCGCGAAAACAUGUGGUCAGUUCUACACAGGUGUACACAUUAGUCAAUGUUAUAUUUAAUCAAUUGAUAUGUUUUAUAGUAAUAUACAAAUCAAGAUCUUCUCUCCCGUCGUUUGGCUCUCCAAUAAGAUAUUGUUUUUAAUAUUUAAAUCCAAUAUUUUUGCAAAUCGAGGUCAUAGGUAGUGAUGUAUCGACUAUAAGACGAAUAGAUUUGAUCUAUAAAACCAACGUUUGUUUAAAUUUGUUAUAAAUAUGACGCGUAAACCACUGCCAGUAGGACUCUAUAGUUAUGAUAUUGUUGUGAAUGAUAUAAACCAUGGCUUAUAAGUUGUGUAUAUAGAAAAUACAAAUAUUUAUAUUAUAAAUAUUGCAUUUCAUUAAUAGCUUUAUUGUAAUUACAAUUAAUUGAUUUCAAAGAAUUUAUAAGCAAUGGAUUUAUAGGGUAUAACAAAUACCCGACUCAAUGAGAGUUCCUAUGCAUUCGUUUACGGAUAAUAAGUGUUUACGAAUUAUUUUUAUUACGGUUUUA